CGUGCGCAAGGGGCUAAGUAAAAUCGCCAGUUGGCUCACUCUGCGGCUCCCGCCGCUCGGGAGCACACACGCGGGGCCAAUCUUACUUACUAACACAUACCUUUAUUUCCACUAACUAUUUUAUUAACUUAACAACUUACUUACUUACUUAUUGUUAAGUUACUUACUUACUUACUUACUUCCUAAAGCUGAACCAAUAGUACUAUUAUCCGUAGUUAUAUAGUGUGAUGAAUUUUGUAAAUACAUAAUCUUCCUCUGCAACAUUGUUGAACCUUAGGAACACCAACUUAAAUCACAGACGCUAUUUUACUACUUAAAUUAAAUGGGUUUUGCCUAAACGGAAAACUUAUAAAUGCUCAAAAAAUACAACCGGAUCUAACAUUUAUUUACAAUCGAUUGUUAAUGUUAAUGUUAAUGUUACGGAUGACUACAGUGGACAAUUUAUAAAUUGAAAGAUUAGUGAGAUCUAUCUGGUAAGAACAGUGGAAGUGCUGUGACAGUGAGUGAACAAUAUACGGAUCCAAGAAAAAAAUAAAUUUUUUAUACUCCUAAGUGUUGUGCUGAGAGGUCCAAUUUGUAAGACAAGAUUAAAUAUCCAGCGAGGGCGCUUCUGACGCACGCGUCAGAUCCACGUGUACAUUUAAUAUCACAAGCUUCUUUUUUACUUAGACAUUAGUUAAUUAAUUAAUUGUAGAUUAAAGCAAUAACGAUCAACGAAUUUGGCUGUGCAAAGUCCUCCGGAAUUGUAAUUCCGAGUUUACUGACUUUAAUAAUAAUAAUAAUAAUAAUAAUAAUAAUAAUAAUAAUAAUAGCAAUAUUAACUUUAAUAAUAAUAGUUGCAGUAGAAGUAGAAUAAGUGAGGAAGAAAAAAGAAGAAUAAGAAGACGAAGAGGAAUUUUAUUAUCCGUUUUGGUGCUCAAGGAUUGUCGAGUCCUCUUGACACAGAAUCGAGUGCAGAAUAAAGAUUUCUCUGUAUUUUACAAUCUAAACUUUUUCUUACGUUGUUACUCACUUGUCCGUCUGAAAUAGUUAUUAACAAUUCGUCCAAGCGUCUUUAUUAUUAAUUAAUUAUAAUUAAUCGUAAUAGAAGAAACAAAUUUGAUUGUAGAAAAACUCUAUAAGCGAGAACUAGCCCGUUAUUUUCCCUCCAGCUGUUGGUGUAUGCUAAACAAAAAGUAAAAUAUUGAUCAAUAAGGGCACUCGAUAAUUGGCAAAGCGAAACUAUGGCGGGUUACAAUCACGCGAAUUCUCAACGGGUCGUCUACCACGCGACCUAUCCAACGCCGCUGGCUCCAAACGGGGAUCCAAUAAAGCUACCGGAAAACUUGGAGACACUACCACGUGCUGAGCACUUUCCGACCCAGAGGCACCGAUGGAACACCAACGAGGAAAUAGCCGCGAUCCUAAUCAGCUUCCAGAGACACGCGGAGUGGCAAAGCCGGGAGGUGAAGGUCCGCCCACGGAGUGGCUCGAUGCUGCUCUACUCAAGGAAGAAAGUGAGGUAUCGGCGCGACGGCUACUGCUGGAAGAAGAGGAAGGACGGCAAGACCACUCGAGAAGAUCACAUGAAGCUCAAGGUCCAAGGGGUGGAAUGUAUUUACGGUUGCUAUGUCCAUUCAGCGAUUUUGCCGACCUUUCAUCGUCGCUGCUACUGGUUGCUCCAAAACCCUGACGUUGUCCUAGUUCAUUACUUGAACGUUCCUUAUCCGGAUGGUGACGCGAAGCUGGCUGCCCUGCCGCCGUGCCUGGCGCUCCCGCCGGAUAAGAAAGAGUGGACUCGUGAUGAGCUGGCUUCUCAGUUGAGGCCUAUGUUCUUGGGGAGCGAUGAUGAUCCUAAUAAUCCUCAUCUUUCUCAGCAUAACAAUCAUCCGGUGGACAUGAUUGUUACUCAAUUGUUGGACAGGCAGCGCGCGUCGACGAAUACUUCUACUGCAGCAGCACAAUUGGCACCAAGAAGAUUGACACCAGAUAAUCAGGUAACUUCGACGACUGGAGGCCAGCAACCGUCAUCAACGGCAUCGACAGCUCCGCGAAUAUACUCUCGACAUUCCCACUCGAGCCAGAACCAGCAACCAGCGCCCCUGGUGCUGAGUUUGCAGCAGAUCCAAGGUGGCGGCGGUCUCCUGAUCCUUAACAGCCAGCCGUACCACCAGCAGCCUCAGCCCCAACCUCAGUCCCAGCAGGUGGAGAUGCAAACUGUUGGGGAGCAGACCUUGGUCCAGCAGACCGGGAGCGUUGACAGAGAGCAGCAGACUCACCAGCAAGAUCUGGACACCAAGGACUCGAUCGAGCUGAACACGCACCAGACAAUCACCGCGCAAGGGAACUCCGGGCUGACGGACUUCGUCGAGACUCUGGACCUCAGUCAGGAGGACAUCCAGCGGACGCUUUCCGCGAACAUGAUCCCCCCGUCGCCGUCACCCUCGCCAGCCGACAAUCACAUCAUCAAUCCAAUGGACUUCAUUGAUUCUUCUGAUGACGUCCUCGUUAACCUCGACGCCUUCGACGUAUUCGGCGAUCUUCCAGAGCUUAAUGACUUUGAGACUCAUGAGCACAAACCAGAGAUUGACAGGUCAGGUUCACAGUCCGACAGCGCUUGUCAUCCUGGAGCUACCGUCCAUAUUGCCGAGUACAGUCCUGAAUGGAGCUAUACCGAAGGUGGAGUCAAGGUGCUGGUAGCUGGACCAUGGACCGGAGGUAGUGGUUCGCAGUCGUACUCAGUGCUAUUCGACGCAGAGCCAGUAGAAGCGUGUCUGGUCCAGCCUGGCGUGUUACGUUGUCGGUGUCCUGCCCACGCACCGGGGAUCGCUUCACUACAAGUAGCUUGUGAUGGAUUUGUCGUGUCAGACAGCGUUGCAUUUGAAUAUCGACGGGCCCCUGCUACUGAGCCUAGUCCAGAAAAGGCACUACUAGAUCGAUUGGCCGACGUCGAAUCACGCUUACAAGGACCAGGACCACCCUCACCCGCAGUACAUCUUGAAGAGCGACUCGUUACUUACUGUCAGGAUGCCGUUGUCCGUCCAUGGCGAGCUGGAGCCGAACCACUGCAAUCCGGAGGACCAACCCUUCUUCACCUGGCCGCAGGAUUAGGAUACUCCAGACUCGCUUGCGCGCUGCUUCACUGGAGAUCCGAGAACCCCAGCAGCGUUCUGGAUGCUGAAGUAGACGCUUUGAGACAGGACGCCGUUGGUUUGACGCCUUUAGCUUGGGCCUGUGCAGCUGGGCACGCUGAUACCGCUCGUAUUCUUUAUCGGUGGAACGCAAUGGCGCUGCGCGUUCGAGAUUGUCAGAACCGGAGCGCAACAGAUCUGGCGACGGAAAACGGGCACUCGGAUAUUGCCAAGGAACUGAACCGGCUGGAGGCACGGAGACAAGAUGAGAGACUCUUCCUGAGACCGGCGAGUCCUAGCCCAAGGCGGCCCUCCCAGGACAGCGGUCUCGAUCUUACCUUGUGUUCUCCGCUACUGGACAGGAUGGAAUUGUUGCAAGAGGACGAUUCGUCUUUAGGGCUGGAGCACCAGGGAAUGGAGAGCACUCCCAGCUCUCAGUCGUCCGUAGGGGAGGAAGACGUGCGGGUGCUGACGUUGGCCGAACAAAUAAUAGCCGCACUUCCAGAGAGAAUAAAGAGAGAGGGUGAUCCUUCGUCGCCCUCCCUUCCACCCUCACCGCCAUCCUCAUUGACCCCGCUCGAGGAUGCUUUUAUGGAGCAAAUGCCGCUCGACUCCGGGGAGUUAUUCGAUUCAUAUCGUGAGUGUGGAGGUGCAGCGUCUGUGUCCGACGUCGACGCGGAAGCAAGUCCGUCCAGCCCGUCAAGCAGCUGUUUGACACCCGACUCACCCUCGCCGCCGCCUACCACCGCCGACUUCUGCGAGUUUCUCCAGCUGCAGCUCCAAUUAGACGGCGGAAACCCCCACCAUCAUCACCGUCAUCACCACCAAAGCCAUAAUCAUCAGCAAAAUCACCAGCAGCACUCUUCCAACGAGUACGACGACUACAUGAACGGUAACCUUACCGAGAGGAGCAGUGAGGGCGAAGCUGACCUCAGCCGCCUCACUCUUUCGGAUCGUGAGCAGCGCGAACUUUACCACGCUGCCCGGAUGAUCCAGAAAGCUUAUCGCAAUUACAAGGGCCGCCAGCGGCAAGAGGAAGCCGAGAGACAUGCUGCUGUCCUUAUUCAGCAGUACUACCGUCGACAUAAACAGUACGCUUAUUACAGACAAGCCACCAAAGCUGCCCUGGUGAUUCAAAGCAACUAUCGCAACUAUCGUGCUCGUCCCGGAUCCACUGGCACAAGACAGCAAUCUGUUCAUCAGCAAGCUGCUCAUCAGGCUGCUAGGAAAAUUCAACAGUUUAUGCGACAAUCUAAAAUCAAUCUGUCGUGUGAUGAUUCACGACCGACUUCAGAACGCUCGGGCCGUCGCAAACGCGAGCGGGAGGCAGCCAGCGGUCAUUUCACGGGCGGGUGCUGCCCCCCAAAGCUCGCACUCAUCUAGCCCAGGGGCCAGCCCAGCAGCCGCGAACCAAGAGGCAACUUAGCAACAAAUUCAACAACUUGUUCUGGAACAAAAGCUGGAACUCGUACAACCGACUGUCCAACAGAAUUAAGCGGCAAUCAUUCUCCUUCCAAGCAUCACAAAGCUUAAGCAAUUAAUUAAAAUUAUAAUUAUAUUAAUAUUAACAAUAAAUUAACGGCUGGUUAACGAGAAUAGCAAUUUUAAACUAAUUAAUUAAAUAAAUAAAUAAUUCCAUUGGGGAUUGCUUUAUUUUAACCGUCCCGCGUCUCACUGAGAUGGUAAUUGCCGGUUCACUUACGGAUAGCCUCUAUAUUUAUUAUUUCUCAAAAAUACUAUUCAUUGUUUAUUAUUUAUUUUGUUUAUUCUAAAUAAUAAUUGUUUCGUUAGUUAUUUAUAACUGUUGAACAAUUAACGCUUGAGGUGCUUGUAAAUAAUUAUAAUUAAUUCUUUCUAAUUAUUAAAAUAGUCUUCUUAAAAUUCAAUAUCUUCAUCUGCUUUAACAUACACAAGAAUUAUAUUAUUAUUAUUAUUGUUAUUAUUAAUUACAAUUAUUUGAUGUUUGUUAUAUUGCGUGACAAAUGCCUAAAGAGCGUAGAAAAAUUUUUUUUGCUUAUUCUAAGCUUAAAAAAAAAAUUUCGUAAGU